UCUGCGCCCAGCUGGAGCUGCGGGAUGGCGCAGCCUGUGCGCGUGGCCGGUGGGAUACCGUUGCUGUGGCCUCGCGUGUUGCUCUUAGGCGACUCCAUCACUCAGUUUUCUUUCCAGCAGGGUGGCUGGGGCGCAGCGCUGGCUGACAGGCUGGUCAGAAGAUGCGACGUUCUGAAUCGCGGAUUUUCAGGUUACAACACCCGCUGGGCCAAAAUCAUACUUCCAAGACUGGUGGGGAAUGGGGACAGAGGGGACAGCCCUGCAGUGGUGACAAUUUUCUUCGGCGCCAAUGACAGCUCCCUGAGAGAUGAGAACCCCCAACAGCACGUGCCACUGGAGGAGUUUUCAGCCAACCUGAGCUGCAUGGUGCGCUACCUGCGCUCCGUGGGUGUCGCGGAGAGCCGUGUGGUCCUCAUCACCCCACCCCCACUGUGUGAGGCUGCCUGGGAGCAACAGUGCCUGGCCCAGGGUCACAGUCUGAACCGUCGGAACUCAGUGGCAGGUGAAUAUGCCAGGGCCUGUGUCCAAGUGGCCCGCAGCUAUGGGACUGAUGUCCUCGAUCUGUGGGCCCUGAUGCAGGAAGACAACCAGGACUUCUCUGUCUACCUGUCUGAUGGACUCCAUCUGUCGCCAAAGGGGAAUGACUUCGUGUUUUCACACCUGUGGCCCCUGGUGGAGAAGAAGUUAGCAGCCCUGCCCCUGCUGCUCCCCUACUGGAAGGAUGUGGCUGCAGCAAACCCCGAGUGGAGCCUGCUGGGAGAGGGAGGCCCUGUGUCCGCUGCUCCAUCUGUGGGAUGUCCGCCUGCUCAGGCACAUGCAGAGGAGAGAGACUGAUGGACCUUUCCUCAGGCUAAAUCUUUGCUUUUGGGCCUGCACCAAAACCACUUCACAGGGUCCGGGGGUUUAGCUCACUGGCAGAGUGCCUGCCUGGCAAGUAAGAGGUCCAAGUUCAAUUCCCAGUACCCAAAAAACCCUACACUUGACAUUCCUAUCACUAUUAAUAAAAGCUCCAGUGGCUGCUCAGGGCAGCUGUUCUGUUGAGAGAUUCAAACUGA